AUGGCCCUUCAACAGCUCACCGGCGUAACGUUCAGUAGCUCGUACGGGCCAACCUUCUACAAAAAGGUCGGAUUGAGUGACACGGCAUUUAAAUAUGCGGCAGUCAACAACGGCGUCUCCGUCGUAACCGCUCUCAUCGGAAUGACGCUCUUCGACAUUUUCGGCCGACGAUCCAAAACCAACCGCUCAAGUGGAGAUACGAAUGGAAUGGUAGCGUCGUGUAUUCUCUAUACAGCUGUGCUCCAUGCGACGUUGGGCCUAGCCGCGUAUAUCACAGCUGCUGAGAUUGGGACGGCGACAUUACGCGAGAAAACCAUGGCUAUAUCGACAGCAUUCAACGUCGUCGUCGGCUUUGUCGUAGUCUACACAACUCCCUACCUCCUAUAUACGCCCGGUGCCAGUCUAGGCGCCAAACUAGGCUAUGUCUGGGGUGGGUUUGCCGGUGCCGGAGCUAUUUGUGUUUGGUUCUUCAUGCCGGAGCUGAAGGGGAGGAACCUUGAAGAGAUUGACUAG